AUGGACGCCUCCACCGUGAACGAACUCAUCGCAGGGAGCGUCGCCGGCGCGGCGCAGGUCGUCGUCGGCCAGCCGCUCGACACUGUCAAGGUCCGCGCGCAGACCGCUCCCUCAGGAAUGUUCAAGGGGCCCAUGGACAUCAUCGCGCAGACAGUGAGGAAGGAGGGAUUCUUUGCGCUCUACAAAGGGAUGGCCAGCCCGUUGGUCGGUAUCGCGGGCGUGAACUCCCUUCUCUUCGCCGCGUACGGUGUUUCCAAGCGCAUCAUCUCACCCUUCCCUCAACUCUCUCUCGCGGAGAUUGCGGCAGCCGGAGCGAUGGCAGGCGCGGUCAACUCGGUGCUCGCUAGUCCAGUGGAGAUGUUCAAGGUGCGCAUGCAAGGGCAGUACGGGUCCCCGGGCGAUAAGCGGUUGCGCGCGGUCGUGAGCGAGAUGUGGAAGGAUUGGGGGUUCCGCAGGGGCGUCAUGAGGGGCUUUUGGGUUACGGUUGCCCGUGAGAUACCCGCAUAUGCAGGAUUCUACACUGCUUUCGAGUUUUCGAAACGGUCUUUCGCGAAGAACUACGAUUCGCAAAUCCCUGUCUGGGCUCUUCUUGCCAGUGGAUCUACAGGUGGUAUCGCAUAUUGGCUGUCUUGCUACCCACUAGAUGUGAUCAAGUCUCGUGUGCAACUACGGGCGACACCUCCAGAGGGGACUCCAGUGCAAUAUAUCGCUCGCGAGGUCCGGGCUGUCGUCGCGGAGGCCGGCGUUUCUGGGCUAUUCCGCGGUUUGACCCCGUCAUUGCUACGAAGUAUACCCGCUGCUGGUGCGACGUUCGCGACGUUCGAGCUCACAAGGGAAUAUUUGAAGGAGAUCACAGGUGUAUGA